UUCAGUUGAGCGUACUAGCGCUUCGCCUGUCUACCGGAAGUUGAUGCUGUUGCUAUGCAACCUCUUGCUAGCUUCUUAGCAUAACAAAUGACUAGCUAGACAUUUUAUGAUUUCGGGUGUGUUCAUAAAUUCAAUCUGGAGUGCCAGAGUGCGCUCUGGGCGUUCGUAACUCCAGAGCAUUGUCAGAUUGUCCGUUCGUAAAUUCAGAGCAUUUCGCUCUCGGAGCGUUCAGAGCGCACACUGGAAGCUCUUGCCGAGGAGCAGAGUUGAUCGGAGCGUUCUGACCUCACAACCGCAGUCAAGCACCCAAGCUAACUGGCUAACGUUGGCUAGCUUGCUAGCUACUUCCAGGCCCUGGUAUCUCGGAUAUGUUAGUUGACGAUGCACAGGACAAACAGUCCUGGGUGUCGAUCAAAGAAUGUAUGAACAACAUCACAAAAAUCGUCCCUGCAGACCAACACAAUUCAACCAUCCUCUACCUUGGGGCAACUGCUGGGAUGAGGCUGCUACAUUCACAGAAUGAAUCAAAAUCCAAUGAGAUCUUAAGGAACCUGCAGAACUACCUCCAAUCUCUGCCGUUUAACUUCCAAAAUGCCUCCAUCAUGUCAGGACACGAUGAGGGGCUGUACGGCUGGAUCACCGUCAACUACCUGAUGGGAAACUUCCUGGAGAGAAACAUAUGGAACAUGUGGGUGCGGCCUGCCGGAGGGAAGAUGGUGGGCUCCAUGGAUCUAGGAGGGGCGUCCACCCAGAUAGCCUUCACCCUCCCAGAUCCCAACGCCCGGGGAAAAGACAUCGUACAGGUCUCCCUCUAUGGCUACGAAUACAACAUCUACACUCACAGCUUCCUGUGUUAUGGGAAGAACGAGGCAGAGAAGAGAGUCCUCGCUGCUUUAGUGAAGAACUCUGAGAACGCUACACAUGUGACCAACCCCUGCUUCAAUCUUGGUUACAACAUGUCUGUGUCGGCUGAGUCCAUCUUUGGGACUGAGUGCAUAGAUACACCUGCCGACUACGACCCCAAGCUGAUGAUCACGCUGAAGGGGUCAUCAGACAACGUAGCUUGUAGGGACGUGGUGCAAUCCAUAUUUGACCUGACCUCCUGCACGAACUGUUCCUUUAACGGAGUCUACCAACCAUCCGUGGGACCCGGGGACUUUCUGGCCUAUGCUGGGUUCUUCUACACUGCUCAGGCUGUCGGGCUGAAAGGUAUUUCACAACUGGACCAGUGGAACUCCUCUACCUGGGAAUUCUGCUCCUGGGACUGGCCCACCCUCAAGCUAAAAAAGGGCUGGAUAACUGAAAAAUACAGAAAGUCAUACUGCUAUUCAGCACAUUACGUCCAGACGUUACUUGUAAAUGGCUACAAGUUCAAUAAAGACACUUGGAAACACAUUGACUUCCAAAAACAGGUACAUAACACGAGUGUAGGCUGGAGUCUGGGAUACAUGCUACAUACAUCCAACAUGAUCCCUGCUGAGGCCAAGCUGGUGCGUCUCCCCAUUGCCAACUCUUUGUUCGGUGGCCUCCUCUUCCUUUUCACCGCCCUCACCAUCGUCAGUGUCAUGUUCCUGAUCAUCAAGGCUGUGCGCGCCUGCUACUGACCCCCACUAGAGGGCAGUGUGUUGAAAUUACAGUUACGCCUAGGGUUGCAAAAUUCCAGUAACUUUACCAAAAUGUGGUUUUCCAGAAAUCCCGGUUGGAAUAUUCCUGGAAUCAGGAGGGAAUGAGCAGGAAUUCUGGGAAUACUCCAACCGGGAUUUCUAGAAAACCUGGGAAUUUUGUGAAAAGUUACAGUAAUUUUGCAACCCUAGUUACACCUGAUGGAGGAAAGUGCUUCUGGCCUCCACCUGGUCCCACCAGACACAGUUACAGCAGGCAACAAUAGAACACAGACAGGUGCGAGAUAUUAUCAUCAUCAGUUAAAGAGAUUGAACAGGAUCUUAAAGCCCACAUGCAGUCUUAUUCAUUUUAUUUUUAAAUCAUCACUAUAUGUCUAAUAAAUCACUAUGUGUGUUUAUUUAAUGAAAAUAACU